AUGCCUCCCGCAGGCCUCGAGGGUUCCUGCGCCCUCCGAGGGAUCUAUGUGCUGCUCCUGUUGCCUCUGCUGCUGCCCCCUGCACCCAUAACCUGCACCCCGACGGGCAAGUCAGGCGUCCUGACUACACCUCUGGGCUCCGGCAGUGCUCCUGGCCUUCAAGAACGAGCCCGCGCCCUGAUGCAGGCCUUCCGGCUCGUGGAUGGCCACAACGACCUGCCUUUGAUCCUGAGGAAAUUUUACCAGAACAGGCUACAGGAUGUUAACCUGCGCGAUUUCAGCCGUGGCCAGACCAGUCUGAACAGACUUAGAGACGGCCUUGUGGGUGCCCAGUUCUGGUCAGCCUACGUCCCGUGCCAGACCCAAGGACGGGAUGCUGUUCGCCUCACCCUGGAGCAGAUUGACCUCAUCCACCGCAUGUGUACCUCCUAUUCUGAGCUGGAGCUCGUGACCUCUUUUAAAGCUCUGAACACCACCCACAAACUGGCCUGCCUCAUUGGUGUGGAGGGCGGCCACUCACUCGACAGUAGCCUUUCCGUCUUGCGGACCUUUUAUGUGUUGGGAGUGCGCUACCUGACACUCACCCACACCUGCAACACCCCCUGGGCAGAGAGCUCGACUAAGGGCCUCCACCGCUUCUACAACAAUGUCAGUGGAUUGACCAGCUUUGGUGAGAAGGUGGUGGCAGAAAUGAAUCGCCUGGGCAUGAUGGUGGACUUGUCCCACGUCUCUGACAGUGUGGCACGGCGGGUCCUGGAAGUGUCUUCGGCACCUGUGAUCUUCUCCCACUCAGCUGCCCGGGGUGUGUGCGAAAGCCCUCGAAACAUUCCUGAUGACAUUCUGCAACUGCUAAAGAAGAAUGGUGGCAUCGUGAUGGUGUCCUUGUCCAUGGGAGUGAUUCAGUGCAACCAGUUAGCCAAUGUGUCCACUGUGGCAGAUCACUUUGACCACAUCAGGACAGUCAUUGGAUCCAAGUUCAUUGGGAUUGGUAGUGAUUAUGAUGGGGCUGGCAAGUUCCCUCAGGGGCUGGAGGAUGUGUCCAAAUACCCUGUGCUGAUAGAAGAGCUGCUGAGACGUGGUUGGAGUGAGGAGGAACUUUGGCAUGUCCUUAGAGGAAACCUGCUGAGGGUCUUUAGACAGGUGGAACAGGUACGGGAGAAAAGCAUGGGGCAAACUCCAUUGGAGGAUGAGAUCCCAGAUGAGCAACUGGCCAGUUCUUGCCGCUCUGUCCUCUCACGUCUGUACCAGACACAGUACCUGGAUCCAGACCAGAAAACCACUUUGUCAUCCAAGUGGUCACUCCCAAGUUUCUCUCCCCACAUGGGCCCACACCUCACAGGGCUUGCUGCCUUCCCUGUCUUCAUCCAGUGGCUCUGCCAGAUGUCACAAUGGUAG